AUGUCUGAUAUGAAGCCAAAUGCACAAGAGGACAAAGAGGUGGAAAUAGUGUCUGACAGCCUGGGUCAUACUCAGGAGCCAUUGCAGAGUCACACAUUCUGUCUGAAAAACAAUGCUGCAGGUCUGUCCUCAGAGGAACACGAAAACCCUUUAAAUGGAACCCAGCCGAAUCCAUUUGUAUACAGCAGUGUCCCCGCUGUUCCCCAUGCAGGCAAUUCAUUGCCUUCAGGAGCACUUGUUAAUGGACCUGGUUCACACCCCACCUCAGAGGUACACUGUGUCCUGAACAAAGGCACUGUUUUAUCCAACAAUGUCCUGGAUGCCGCGUGGCAAGUGGAGAAGGACACACGCCCCGAGGUGUUACCACCACCUAGUGAGCUUCGAUCAGACGCUUGGAAGAACACAGCGGGGCCCGCUGCAAAAACACUGGCCACACUGCCAGGUGUCAACACGCCACUGUCUCACUUGGAGGAGAAUGAGUCUAAACUGGCCUAUUCCACACUGUCAGGUGACGGUGCAGAGCAAAUGCACAUUAGCAAACCUCGGAUAAAACAGACAAUAGAAGCGGGAUCUCGACACGGUGCUGAAUGGUCACAAAGCUCCUCUGAUGAUAAUGGUGAUUUUGAAGUAAUCAGAUGGGAUUCAACAAGAGAGUGCUUCUUGCACAGUGGCAGAAGGCUGAAGACCAGAGUGACGCACCAAAAAGAAAAGCAGCACAAUACACAUGGAGAAACCAUGGCAGGCUCCCUAGAAAAGGUCAACAACAGUUUAAAUCACUCCUACAGACUUUCUCUUCCUGGUAAUGAUGUUGAAAAUGUUGACAUUGCAAACAAAGAUGAUUCUUUGGAUACACAAUCAGGUAUUAAAUAUUCUGUCAUACCUUUCAGAGAUCUGUCAAGGAGCAUAGUGUUAGACUCUGAGCAGCUUAUUUCUGGUGUAGCACAGGAAGACUCUAAUGAGGAAAAUGACCCUGAAGAUGAAGAAGGUUUUCAUCAAAAAGUGGAACAGUUGAAGGCAGAGCAACUUGAACAAGAUCCAUUCUUCUUUUCAUGCACAAUAUGCAAUGUUAAUUUCAUGGAGAAAAGACAUUUCCAUAGACAUAUGAUGUAUCAUUUAGGCAAGCAUAAUCAGGUGAAGAGUGAGAAUGUUUCACAGGCCUUUAUAUGCAGGGAGUGUGGGCGUUUGUUCUGUGAUAGGAACUCCCUCAUGAAGCACAUCAUUAUUCACCAAGACAGGCUGGAAAAACUUAUGGGGGAAAUCAAAGGUCUCAAAAAUCCAGAAUUGGAAGACAGAGGCACCACAGUGCAGUGCUCUCAAUAUGUAUUUGGUUGUAAUUGCCCAGAAAUCUUUGUCCAGCACGCCAAAGCAGGCGAUAAUCUGAAGCACUACUACUUUUGUGAGCAGUGUAACUACAUUACACUCACACAGCAGGCCCUCGAACUGCACUUACAUGUCGCACAUCUUAACACACACCAGCCUCAGUGCCGGAAAAUGACUCAUACUAAUGAUGCAGGGGGAGCAGACCAUGUUCAGUUUGAGUGUAAAAUGGGGUUUUUCACCAGCAGUGACAAAGGAGAUUCAGAAAGACAUUCUAAGAUGGAGAAUCUGCGCUCUCGCUGUAAAAUUCUGGAUGACCAGGCCAAAAUUGUUCUGUGUAAAGCAAAUCUGUUAAAAUCUGCUUUUGGAAAAACUGCCCAUUUUUCCCAUUGUUCCACUAGAGAAAGUGACAUUUACAUUCAGAAAUCUACUGACAAAAGGUCUCCUCAGUUCAAGGGGCAUGUUGGCUGCAGGGAAAACACACUGUCACCGUCUUUGUGGAGGAUCAGCAAACAUGGAAAAUUACUCCUAGAACCAGCAGGAAAAUUACAUGUGGCAACUGAUCUCACCUGUGUGGAAGAAGACGCUGAACAGAAUGGCCACAGGGCAUUUGGCAGCUCAAAGCAGGCAAACUGUCCUGCAACUGCAGAUUUUUUACUGUCAGCUAGAAAUCUUAAAUUAGACCAGAUGUUCUUUGAGGGUAGCAAGAGCGACCCGGAAAGCAGGAGCUUACCAAGCAAGCAAGCAAACCAAAACUCUCCAUCAAUGAGAAAAAUGUCAACACCUAAGCAUAACAGUAUUGACAAAAUGAAUGGUAGUAUAUUGCCAAGGCUUAGCCAGAGGCAUAAGAAACAUUCUGCAGUUAGGGAGUUGGAAAAGGGCUGUGAGGGCGGCCAUAACUUCUGUGAUGACACCAGAAGAGCUACAGGCAGCUUCUUGGAAAGCUCUGAGAAUGAAAGGAACCCGUAUGCUCGGAAGUAUUUCAAAAAGAGGCAGAGGUUUUCAGCCAAAGACCAAAGCCCCCAUAUCCUCAAGGAGGAAGGUGAUGGAGAUGAAGACUGCAGUGACAUAGAGCAGCUCAUAAUAAAGGAGGAGUAUAUCGAAACUACAGUGGGUGAUGAUUCCCCAGGAUCAGCUCGUACGUCUGAGAGUGAUGGGUUUGAUGUUUUCCCCUCGCAAGUGGUAGAACACAAGCCCUGUCCAUACUGCCCCGCUAUGUUUGAGUCUGGAGUGGGUCUGUCUAAUCAUGUGCGGGGGCAUCUUCAUCGAGUUGGCUUGAGCUAUAAUGCUCGGCACAUGGUUUCACCGGAGCAAGUGGCGCUGCGGGACCAUCAGCCACAAACUCGCAGGAGGAUCCGUACUGGCACGAGGAAAAUGAGAAAAGCUGUUAAGGCAGAAACCCAAGGAGAGCACACAUGUCCACUGUGCUGGAGUUGGUUUGACAGUAAGACUGGCCUCUCCAACCACGUGAGGGGACACCUUAAAAGAAUAGACCGAUGUGUUACCAGCACCAGUAAGUCCCCACUGUGCAUCCUGAAUGAUCUGCUACAGGACAAAAAGGAACAUCAGAAUAUACUCCGGGUCCUCAACAAGGGCCAGAUCCCCCGGCAACCCUCAGCUUCUCCGAAGUUCAUCAGCAGCAGCAGCCUGGUCCUGAUGCAUACUGCACUACCAGUGAAGAUCAAGUAUGAGAUAAGGAGUCCAGAUGCCAAAGGAGAUAGAUUUGUACCAAAACAAGAAGCAGAAGCCUUUCAAGAGGGGGAGAAGCUCCAGGCAGAUUCCCAAAGAGGCAUCCAGGCCUCCUCAAGCACUUUAGUUGAACUACUCAAGACAAAUCAGGGAAGUAUGGAACUUACAGCAAUAAACCAGGAGGUCUGUGGUGCCAGGAAGCUCUGUGGUAUGACCAAAGAUUACAAGGAGGAGACGAGCUGGACUCACGGAGAAUGUGAUUCAAAUAAGAUGUGUAGUCAGUGGAACAGCAGCCUCCCCACUGCUGUCAGUGUGUCUGGUCAUCUUCAAGCCUUUACAUGCAGGAAGAGGAUUGCUGUUUUUGAAGAACCAGGCUAUGAUUAUAAACAGAAGAAGCCCAGACCAAGGCCUGGGUUAAAGAAGAAGAUUUUACCCUCCUUGAAUGCUCAGAUAUACACACUCACCUGCAGGUACAUAGAGUGGACAUUUGCAGAUUCUGUGACCUCGUCUUCCAGGGCCCCCUGUCUGUCCAGGAGGAUUGGAUCAAGCAUCUACAGAGGCACCUCCUGCAGAACAGUGUGCCCUGCUCAGGGAUUGGGAUGGUGGAGGUUUUGGGGUACGGUUGACAGAAGGUUUGAUGAGCAUGCCAAGGCUCUGGAGCCGGAGCCGUUUGCCCUGCAGUCCCACGCCAGGGGCGCUGCUUGCCUCAGCUGCUUCAUCACCGGGGGACUGGGCUAA